AUGGGAACUCCUGUUGUGCGAAUGACCGCCACAGAUGAUGACGACCCCGCUACAGACCACACUAAAAUUAAAUACAGCAUCGUGAGCCAGUCCCCACCAGAGCCACAGAUUUUUAGCAUGAAUGAAACAACAGGCAUGAUUUCUGUUAUAAAACCUUACCUUGAUCGAGAACAACAGUCAACCUAUACUUUGAUUGUAAAAGGCACAGACAUGGAUGGAAAAGAGAAUGGAAAUACUGGAACUGGAACUGUUCACAUUACAGUCCUCGAUGUCAACGAUCACCUCCCUAAACUGGAGAAAGAUGAAUAUUCUGGCAGUGUGGAUGAAAACACAGAAAAUGUUGAAGUCAUGAGGAUAAAGGCCUUGGAUGAAGAUCUAGAAUUUUCAGACAACUGGAUGGCAGAGUAUGACAUUGUGUCAGGAAACGAAGGGGGCUACUUCAGUUUUACAACGGACACUGAGACUAAUGAAGGAAUCUUAAUGUUAAAUAAGGCUCUGGAUUAUGAAGUGAUACAAAACCUGGAACUCAGCGUGGCUGUUAGAAAUAAGGUGGUUAUUCAUAGCAGAGCUGCUGCAAGUUUCAGUUCAGGAACGAAAACGUACCCACUUAAAAUCCACGUUAAAAACCAGCCUGAAGGUCCCAGAUUUAUUCCUAAGGUAAAGGCUGUCUCAAUUUCAGAAGAGACAAAAAAAGUGAAACUCAAAAGCGUUAUCACGAAAUACCUGGCUGUUAACAGCGAUACCGGAAUGACUGCGGAGAGAGUCAGAUAUGCAAAGGCAUUUGAUCCUGACAACUGGCUGUCAAUCGAUGAAAAUACUGCGGAGAUCAAACUGAACAAGCUGCCAGACCGGGAGUCCAAGUUCUUGGUUAAUGGCACAUAUUACGCAAAAGUAAUGGUCAUGACUAAUGAUUUACCUGCCAAAUCCGCCACCGGUACGAUUGCUCUCCAGGUGGAAGACUCCAAUGACCACUGUCCAGUUCUGACCAGUACCUCCCAGGUUCUGUGUACUGAGAGCACAGCUGUGUUUGUCACAGCUGAGGAUGAAGAUGCUGAUCCCAAUGGACCUCCCUUUGAGUUUGAAAUCAUUCCUGAAGGUACCAAGGGCACAUGGAUAGUUGAACCCCUAAAUGAUACCACUGCAAUCCUUCGAACCCAUGAUAACUUGUGGCCUGGUUCAUAUGAGGUUGCUGUGGAGGUGAAAGACCAACAAGGACUAUCCUGUCCUGAUAAGCAGGUUGUUAAGAUAGAUGUCUGCACCUGUAAUGAACAGAAAACCUGUGAGGCCACAAGAAAGACAACAGGUGCUGGACUGGGAUUUGCUGCCAUGGGUCUGCUCAUCCUUGGGUUCCUGAUGCUGCUCUUGGUGCCUCUGCUAGUGCUGUUCUGCUCGUGUGGCUGGCUUGGGGUCGGAGGACAAGGAGGGGCUUUUCUUGACAUGCCUUUUGACACCAAAGAGCAUUUGAUUGCUUAUCACACAGAAGGACAAGGAGAAGACAAGGUACCCUUGUUGCUAUAA